CUCAGACUUUGUAUUGAGGAGAAUUUCUCUACGACUUCUUCAAUAGUUACCCCACUGAUUGCUGUGUAAUUGGCCAGCCGACCCUGGCACCUAGAAGCCCUCUAAAGGGCGGGGUCACCUGAGGGGGCGCGGAGGGAUACGAGUGAUGCGUUUGCAAGAUGGCGGUUGCGGACACUGUGGGGGAGAAGCUACUGUGAGGGAGGAAAACAACAAUAACAAGACGGAGAGCUGGCCCUACUUGUCUCCGCACCGACCCCCUGGAACUAGGAAGAAGAAUUUGUGUCAAAAGGUGGAGAAGCUGUAAUAUCUGGAGUCAAGUGUUAAUAUCAUUGUUAUAACGCCUGGGAUACUGGUCAGUCAGGGUGUGUCAGACCAGCUGCUUGUCCCCUGCCCCCCCUUCCAGGAGUUCAUAGUAUGACGUUCUAGUUUGGGCCUAGUCGCUUCUCCCUGGGAUUACAAUACCUUGUUGUAUUAGCAGUGACACAUACCUCAGGUCAUGGAGACUGAAAACUUUAUUCCCCCCCCAGAGUGCCCUGUGUUUGAGCCCACUUGGGAAGAAUUUAAGGAUCCCUUAGGAUAUAUUGCAAAAAUCAGGCCAAUUGCAGAGAAGUCUGGAAUAUGCAAAAUUUGCCCACCCGUGGACUGGCAGCCGCCCUUUGCUGUGGAGGUGGAUAACUUUCACUUCACGCCGCGUAUUCAAAGACUUAAUGAGCUGGAGGCCGAAACCAGAGUAAAACUGAACUACUUGGACCAAAUUGCCAAGUUCUGGGAGAUUCAGGGAUCGUCUCUGAAGAUCCCUAAUGUAGAGCGUAGGAUCUUGGAUCUGUACACCCUGAGUAAGAUUGUUCUAGACGAGGGUGGAUAUGAACUCAUCUGCAAAGAGCGGCGAUGGGCCAGAGUCGCACAGCGCAUGGGAUAUCCAUCGGGCAAGAACAUUGGAUCCCUUUUACGUUCACAUUAUGAACGCGUAAUAUACCCCUUCCACAUGUACCAGUCAGGAGCAAAUAUGGUGGACUAUGGGGAGCGACCACGCUAUGAUAAUGAGGAGAAGGAUAAAGAGUACAAACCGCACAGCAUCCCAUUGCGCCAGUCAGUUCAGCCCUCCAAAAUUACCAGCUAUGGGCGGCGAGCUAAGCGACUAACUAAGGAGGACCCUGAGAGCUCAGAUCCUGUCACUCAAAGCUCCUCUCUACCCUCUGAAACAUCUCCAUCCUGGCCGGAGCCAACUGAGGAAGACAUAGAAAAAAAUCCUGAGCUGAAGAAGCUUCAAAUUUAUGGUGCCGGCCCUAAAAUGAUGGGUCUGGGGCUGAUGGCAAAAGACAAGAACUUGCGUAAGAAGGAGAGUGAUGUGCCGGAGUGCCCCCCUACGUUAGUAGUUAAAGAAGAGGUUGCGGUAGAUGUACGUGGAGAGUCUGGUGAUGCAACCGUGUACGUGAAGAAGGAACGUGCUCUCAGCCCCGAGCCUUGCACCAAGAUGACCAUGCGGCUGCGUCGGAAUCAGACCAAUGCACAGUUCGUUGAAUCUUAUGUUUGCCGAAUCUGUUCCCGGGGAGAUGACGAUGACCGUUUAUUGCUGUGUGAUGGCUGUGAUGAUAAUUACCAUACAUUCUGCUUGCUGCCCCCUCUCCCUGAGCCUCCACGUGGGAUCUGGCACUGCCCUAAGUGUGUCAUGGCUGAAUGUAAGCGUCCUCCAGAAGCAUUUGGAUUUGAGCAGGCAACAAGAGAGUAUACUCUGCAGAGCUUUGGAGAGAUGGCUGAUGCUUUCAAAGCCGAUUACUUCAAUAUGCCUGUACAUAUGGUACCUACAGAGUUGGUAGAGAAAGAGUUCUGGCGUCUUGUAAAGAGUAUUGAGCAGGAUGUUACGGUGCAGUAUGGAGCAGAUAUUCACUCCAAGGAGUUUGGAAGUGGCUUCCCCAUGCUCGGCAAAGGAGAACUGACGCAAGAUGAGGAGGCGUAUGCCACGAGUGGCUGGAAUCUGAAUGUCAUGCCGGUUCUGGAACAGUCUGUCCUGUGCCACAUAAAUGCAGACAUCUCUGGCAUGAAGGUGCCCUGGCUGUAUGUAGGCAUGGUGUUUUCUGCAUUCUGCUGGCACAUUGAAGACCACUGGAGCUAUUCUAUUAACUACCUUCACUGGGGGGAGCCCAAGACUUGGUAUGGCGUUCCUUCAUCAUCGGCAGAGCAGCUGGAGGAUGUAAUGAAGAAGUUAACCCCAGAGUUGUUUGAGAGCCAACCAGACCUCCUGCACCAGCUGGUCACCCUUAUGAACCCAAACACCCUUAUGUCACAUGGUGUACCGGUGGUGCGAACCAAUCAGUGUGCGGGAGAAUUUGUAAUAACAUUCCCUAGGGCAUAUCACAGUGGCUUCAACCAGGGAUACAAUUUUGCAGAAGCUGUCAACUUCUGCACAGCUGACUGGCUUACUGCAGGCAGAAAGUGCAUUGAACAUUACAGGCGUUUACGCAGAUACUGCGUAUUCUCACAUGAGGAACUAAUGUGCAAGAUGGCUGCCUGCCCGGAACGCCUUGACCUGACCUUGGCAGCUGCUGUGCACAAAGAGAUGUUUUUGCUAGUGCAAGAAGAGCGCCGGCUGCGUAAAUCUCUACUUGAGAGAGGUGUCACUGAGGCAGAGAGGGAAGCCUUUGAGCUGCUUCCAGACGAUGAACGACAGUGUCAGAAGUGCAAGACCACUUGUUUCCUGUCAGCAUUAGCUUGUUAUGACUGCCCUCAAGGUCUGGUGUGUCUGUACCAUAUUGAGGACUUGUGCCAGUGCCCGCCAGCUCGUCAAUAUCUCAGGUAUCGCUACACUUUAGAUGAGCUGCCGGCCAUGUUGCACAAGCUAAAGGGCAGAGCGGAGUCUUAUGACAGUUGGGCUAGUAAAGUGCAUACGGUGCUGGAAGUUGAAGAUGGUAAAAAGAGAGGGCUGGAGGAGCUGCGCGUGCUGGAAGCUGAAGCUGUGGAGAAAAGGUUCAAUGAGAAUGAAGUGCUGCAGAAACUAAAGAGCGAAAUCAAAGAAACUGAAUUGUGUAUUUGUGAGGCCAAUAAAGUUCUAUGUAACUCCCAGCCUGCAGGGAGUGGUGCUUCAGUAUUCUCGCUGGACGGACUGCACAAACUUAUAAAUAGAAUCCGUUCACUACCCUGUAUUGUUUCCGAAUUGCCACAGCUUCAGGAUUUAGAGAGGCAGGCUGAGAAUUUACAGGAUGAAGCUCAGAAGUGCCUGCAGACUCAUCCAGAAAAUGCUACCAAGCUGCGCGGAAUGCUGGAGCGUUGUCGGGCUCUGGCUGUGGAGCUUCCAGAAGCAUUGCAACUGGAGAAGCAGCUGCGUCAAGGAGGGUGGCUGGAACGUGUUCGAGUGGCUCUGGGUACAGGGCAGCCUGGCACACUGCAAGAGAUGCGAGAGUUGCUGUUGGAAGCAGGGGAUGUGGCAGAGAGUCCUGCAGUAGAGAAGGCACGAAGUGAGCUACAAGAGCUAAUUUCUAUUGCUCUGCGCUGGGAGGAGAAGGCACAGAUGUGUCUUGAGGCCAGACAGAAGCACUCUUCUGCAAUGCUGGAGGCCAUUAUAAAGGAAGCAGAGCAUAUUCCUGUGCAGCUCCCCAACACUACAAGUUUAAAGGAGGCUCUGUGCAAGGCCAGGGCCUGGAGUGCAGACGUGGAGGAAAUACAGAGCGGUGAUCACUAUCCAUGCCUGGAUGACCUAGAGGGCUUGGUUGCAGUGGGACGAGACCUCCCAGUGAAGAUGGAUGAGUUGCAUCAGCUGGAGGUUCAGGUUACCGCUGCUCACUCGUGGAGGGACAAGGCAGCAAAGAACUUUCUGAAGAAAAACUCCUGUUAUACGCUACUGGAGGUGCUAUGUCCGUGUGCAGAUGUUUCUUCAGAAACUGGAAAAAGGUCUCAGUGGAGGAGAGAGAGAGAGCAAGGCUUAUACCGGUCUGAUGUUGAGAGCUUAGGUCUGUCUGCACAGGAACUGCGGGACCCUGGUUGUAUUGUGCUAGCUUUCAAGGAGGGUGAGCAAAAGGAGAAGUCUGGUAUUUUGCGUCUUCGUGCUAUGAAUGCCUCAAUGGACAGGAACUGUGUUUGUGUAUGUGGGCAGCCCCCAAGUGAACUAAUGCUGCGAUGUGAACUUUGCCAGGAUUUGUUUCAUGGACUGUGUGUGUCUGCCCCCAGACUUUCCUCCCACCGUGGGACAUUUACCUCUCCACCUCUGGCAUGGUGGGAGUGGGACAGUCGAUUUUUGUGCCCUCUGUGCGUGCGCUCCCGGCGCCCGCGGCUGCAGAAUAUUCUCUCACUUCUAGUUGCCCUUCAGAAGCUUCCUGUUCGUUUACCCGAGGGAGAGGCACUGCAGUGCUUAACAGAGCGAGCAAUGAGCUGGCAGGACCGGGCACGCAGGGUCCUGGCAACACCAGAAAUUUCCUCAGCCAGUGUUACCCUCGCAGAACGUCGGAAAAGGUUGCAACAUUGCAAGGAUCCUCAAGCACUUAGAGAGACCACAAGGAAUGAACAGAAUCCUGUUUCCCAUGAGAAUGGAGACGCUCACCCAGAAAAUGGCACAUGUGCAAUGCCAGAUUUAGAUGCAAUGGCAGCCUUGUUACCACGUAUUGAAAAGGCUUCAAUCCUGGAGCUGUCACUGGGGUCACGUGCACUUUUGGAGGAUUUGAUGCUAGAAGGUGAUCUGCUUGAAGUUACACUAGAAGAGGAACAGACUAUUUGGAGACUGUUACAGGCGUCACAGAUGCCUUGCAUAGAUCGAAUGCGCACCUUGAUAGAGAUUGAAAGGUGCGAGCGGAAAGCUGCCCGUGUGAAAGGAAAGGACCCAGAUAAGAAAAAGAAGAGAAGAAGUGAAGGGUACCACACUCCAUCACACCCAAAGGAGGAGGUGGGACCAAAGAGAAGUCGCAAUGACAUCAGAGCUCAGGAACCCACAGGAGAGAAGGACAGUACACGGAAAGGCGGGAACGAAUCAAGUCAGAAUGGGGUAGAGAAGCGCUUGUGACAUCUGCCAUAAUGAUCUGACACUAUGCUUGGACACAUCCCUUUGGACAGACGCUACUUAUACCUCGCUGAAGAAUUGAGGUGGCUGCAGGGGGAGGUUAGAACCAGGCCCCUCCCACUCCGUUUCCUCUGACAUAGAAAUCUAUUUAUACUCCCAUCUCAAGGAUGUUGGGGGCGUUUUUCCCCAUAGGGUGACUUUGUAUAAGUUGGUGCUGACAGACUUCUGCCUGAAGGACUCGAGGAUCCUGAGGAGAGGGAGAUGAACCCAUUUGUUUUCCAAGCUGUUUAUGGUGAAACAUGAACGCUAACGUUUCAGCCUGACGUGGUCACUGUAUGCACUGCAGCCCAUUGUUAAUCUGUCGGAGGGGAGUGGCAUGAAGCACGGACAUUUCUGCCCCAGGGGCUGCAGUACCAACAUUUAGGUGCGAUAUGCCACGGAUUAGUGGCUCCAUAUCACAUGGGUAGUUAAGAGUGGUUUUGGUGGGACACUUCAGUUUUAUUUAUUCCCUUCUCCUUAUGAACUGUUUGCUCAUUAACUGCCCUGUUCACCCCCCCCCUCUCCCUUUAUUCAGGAUCCGUGGGUCUCUCUGCACCCCCAGUGCCCUGUAACACACGUUCACUUUGUCCAGAACACUUUGGUUAAAAAAAUGCAGGAAAAUGUUGAAAAAAAAAGUUUGCAGGAGCUCCCUUGUGGAGGGUUAUCUUUUCUGACAUGUAGUAAUAAUAAAGUUAGAGGUUUUUGGAA